AUGCGUUCCCGCAGACAGUCCUUCAGCACCAUCGGCCGCGAAGCCGGGCCCUCGCGCGGCCCCGUCGACAUACGCGGCUGGGUAAACAGCACCGACAGCAGCGUCUCCGCCUCCGCCACACGCAGCACCGCGUCCUCGCGCGCCCCUACAAACGCCUCGAGCGUGCACCCGCACUCCUCCGUAUCCGGCUCGCACCGCGGAUCCACGAGCCGCAGCUCCUCGGCGACGCGCCCCCAGGCUGUACCUUGGAUGGCGCACCGCGCACAGUCGCGCCCACCCGCUAUUUCGAUGCUGCAGUACCCGCCUACCGUGCCGGUGUCAGACUACUCCGGGCUCACGUCCUCGGCUAGUCGCGCGCGGACCCUGGCUUCCGCGCCUAGUUCGGCCCGUUCGUCGUCGACUGUUCGCGCGCCAACUAGGCCGCCUUCCGUGUCGGGCUCGGGCCGCUCGUCGUCCGUGGCGAGCCCCGUGCAGCAUUCGGCUGCUAGUAGCAAUGCGGCUCACCUUGCAUUAGUCCGGCGGUCGCUUGCCACGUCGGGCCCGCAGGAUCCGGCUACUAGCAAUGCGGUUCAUCGUGAUAUGGUUCGGCGGUCGCAGUACCCGCCGCUUUCCGCGUCGAGCGCGUACACCCAUUCUUCCGCGUCCCGAACCGCGGUCCCGGCUUCGAGGCCUGGAUCGGCGCAGCGAUCGCACGUGUCGGGUUCGCAUCACCCUUCGUCUGCGUCGUCGCACUCGCAGCGACGGGCUUCGGUUUCUGGGACUUCGGCUGCUUCUGGCGCGUCUCGUGCAUCUGGCUCGCGUACCAGCCACACACCGGGACAACGUGUGGGCUGGGCCCACGGGACGGGUACCGCCGAUGACCCUUACUAUCUCCCCCGGGGCCAGGCGACUGCUGGAAACGGCACUGUCAGCAGUCCCUGGCGGGUAGUCUCGAGCCGUGGCCCCGUCCCGGGGCCUAAUGGUCAGCCCGUUCACAUGGACGCUGAGAUAUACAUGCGGGAGAGCGUGACCUGGCGAUACUGA